CACAAGACCAGGUUCAAAGAAGCUAACGACCAACUCUUUUUCGUAUUUAAGUGACCAAGGUAUUAUCAUAGAAUAGUACAUGACAUUCUGAGAAGAAGCAAGUACCGAAUAUUUCAUAUUGAUUCAGUCCAUUGACCCGCCGUUAAAAAACCACAAUCUAUCAGAACAACCGUCAACAUGGCCACAAACACGAAUCCUGCAGCUCUCAACGCCGAGACCGCCGGCACCGCAAACACAUACGAGAACCCCAAUGUUAACACGGCAACUUCUCAUACUACGGCAACCGGCCAGGUUCCAGCAGCGCACUCGACCUCCAGAGCCGCUACAAGCACGAUCGGUGGCGGUGAUGCGCCGACGACGCACAGCGGCGGCAUCGGGCAGCAGAUCAAGGGCGCCUUUGCGCAGGGACACGGAAUGGGCGAAGUAAUUCGUGGAAAGUUCAACUCUGCUGUUGACACGGCCGCUGGAGACCCUCAGGGCUUGGCUAAGAACAAGAACAUUACCACUGGUGGCGAGAGAGAGUUUGCGACAAAGGACUUUGUGAAGAAGGGAACUUUGGACAAGGCUCUGUAAGGUCUUUGACCUGGCACUUGUAUGAUGAGCGCAGAUGAGCUUGACGGACUUGUACUUUAUGAUACCAAAUCACUCGUGUAUUGACCUAUGGCCACGGUAGAAGACGCAUAUAUGCAGCUGUUGAUAUCGAGCUGUAACGUUAUAUCCUUCAACUAUCCUUCCCU